AUGAAGCUCAAUGUCUUGAAGGAAAUUGCUCAAGAGUACAACAUCUCAUGGGAUUCUUCUAAAACCGAAGCCGAAUUCAACAAAAAGCUGGAGGAUCUUUUGAGUUUAGAGAAGUGGCAUUUAACUGACGAGUUGACAAACGAUGUUAAUGAGAUAAUGUGCAAUUUGAGGUUAUCCGAGAAUCGAUUUCACAGGGUUCUUGUGAUGAAUUGGGAUUCAGAAGACGAAGGCAGCACAAACCCAUUUUCUGGUUUACGUGAGCCUUUCUCUGGUCUUAAUGAGAUGGAUUUUGAGCUUCAUGGAAUAUACAUGGAUCAUGAAUCAGAGCAAGAGUUCGUUACUCCACUAGACAAGUGUAAGGACGUAUUUCUUAAUGUGCUACAAACUGAUGAAAGACUUAGAAACUCUAGUUUGGAUGAUGAAGUAAGAACACAAGUGUAUCAUGGGAAUGAUUGGCAAAGUGAUCAAGAAGAGCAAGAGCAGGUGAAAAACAAGUACAUAAUACAUUAUCCAAAAACAAGAUGGGACAAAAUGGAACCAAAGCUUGGUAACAUUUUUUAG